AUGGACUAUAACGCGCUCAUCGAUCUCGGCUACCAGGUGCAGGGCCAACUCUGGGUCGACAAGGUGAACAAGACCUAUGGAACAGGCCAUCUCUGCCAGUGGGUGUCGACCUUCCAUCCUGGCGGGCUUCCCUGCCAGCUCGAGGGUACAUUCCACUAUGGCGCAUUUAACGCUGGCAUGAAGAUGGUUUUCCGCGACGGCACUGCCUGGAUGGUCCGUUUUCCUCGUGUGGGGAAUGUGAAGGCCCUGGGUCUCAUCCGUGAGGGGACUAGCAUUCCCGUCCCGAAAGUCCAGGCCUGGGGUCCCGCUGCCAGAAACCCUCUUGGGUUAGGUCCCUUCAUCAUCAUGGAUUUCAUCGACGGCGUGAGCCUCAGUGACGUUCUCAAGGAUCCCAACGCCAAGCGCCCAAUGAGACUUAUGAGGGAGGACAUCAGUGAUGACAAUAUCGAAGCUAUCUACAAGCAGUUUGCAAAUUUCCUGCUCCAGCUCUUCAAACUUGACUUUGACCGGAUCGGCAGCCUGCCAUCGCCAAGCGCCGAAGCCGAAAGCCCUAGACUAAUACGCCCGCUGACAUUUAAAGCACAUACCAUCCUCAGAAUGGAGGAGUUGACACUUUUGGGGUUUGCGACGACGACUGAGUACUUCCAGUACGUUGUCGGACAGGACUGGGAGCAACUUGUCCACCAGCCGAACUCAAUUUCCCUAAUACCUAACCUUGUUAACGCAAACUACGACCGUGGCAAGUUCAAGCUGAUUUGCGACGACCUUGGCCUGGCAAACCUGAUCGUCAGAAGUAGAGAAGACCUUACCAUUGUCGGAGUGGUGGACCUCGAGUGGUCAUACAUCGGACCCGCCCAGCUGUUUGGCUCAGCGCCGUGGUGGCUUCUCCAAGACAGACCUGUCAACAGCGUGUGGGACUGCGACAACGACGAGCCGCCCAAGGUCGCCGAGCGGUACUUCAGGUACCUCGAGAUAUUCAAACGGGUCCUGGAGGAAGAAGAGGCGAAAAUGCCAGGGCACGAGGAGAAGGAGCUCUCCAGUCUCGUCAAGUGGUCGCAGGACUCGGGGGCUAUGUGGCUGCACAUGCUCCUUUCGGCAGGUUUCAAUGACCAAUGCAGCUUUCCUUUUACGCAGCUACGCCAACAUCUAGGUGCUGCGGAGUGGGCAAGGCAAGGCAAGGUGCGCGAAUUGGACGAGUACGAUAGAGCUCUAGAGAAGAGGGAGGAGUAUAAGGCGCUCGUGGACAGCGAGAAGAUGACAAGGGAGGAUUUCAUCGCUAUGUUUUGAUACGCCAGGCUGCCCAAUAAAUAUUCAUUUUCUCGAUAGCGGCCCUGAGUUGUCACUUCAUGCUUGACACACUCAAGGCGAUAUGGUAUUAGAUGGACUGACGGUGUCGCAUAUUGAGGAGCGCUGAUAUUUUACCCAGAUUUUGCUGGGAUUGGUUUACUCUAUAUUGACGGGAAGACAUUC